AUGGAUAAGGGUAAGCCAAAUGGAAAAGGUAAUCCAAGAGCUGGCGGUUGGAAGAGACCUAGUGGGGGAGAUUCUAGUGCUCCUGUUAGGUGCUAUAAGUGCGGUGAACCUGGACAUCGUUCAGUGACUACUUCGUUUGCUUGUUUGGACUAUCCAAUCGAUGUUUUUGAUAGAGAAUUCGGAAUGGACUUAACGGUUAUUUUUCCUGAAGACGUCAGUGUUGAGGACUUGGAGCUGACUGCUAGACAAGUGAAGCAGGCGGUUGAAGACGGGGCUGCCGUAUUUAUGUUGAUUGCAUCUUUGGAAGCGAAAGGAAAAGCGGUGAGUAGUGAAUUACCGGUAGUGUGUGAUUUUCUGGAAGAUUUUCCAGAAGAUGUGAGAGAGUUACCACCUGAGAGAGAGGUCGAGUUUGCUAUUGAAAUGAUUCCUGGAACGAGCCAUGUGUUGAUGGCGCCUUAUCGUAUGUCGACAUCUAAAUUGGCUGAAUUAAAGAGUCAAUUAGAAUAA